GAGACUUGGAAUCUGACCUCCAAGCCCUGAAAUGCUGCCUGCACUCCUUUACUAGACCACGUACUGCUGAGGCCGCGAGAGGAGAUUUGGGCACUUUUGCAAAGGAACCAACACAGAAAACAAAGGGCAUGGAAGGAAGGCUCCAGGGUGACCCCACGGGCAGCUGGAUCUGCUCCACCCACAACCUCCUAUUUUCCUGACCCUGGUGGCAUGCUUAAUGGCAGUCACCCUCUGUCGGGUCCACUGGGCACAUCUCUUGUGGGUUUUGAGCCGAAAUAACGUGUGAGUCCGUGGCUUGCCUUAGCUGGGUCAGCUGUCCCUUUUUGCUGGGAACUGGCUUUGCCAAAGGCCUGUCUCACCAGCCCUCUGUGCCUGACAGCUUUCUGUGGUUUGGGGUGCUAAUGAGCUUCCCUCCUUUCCCCCCUCCAGCCUUGUUACUGCCUGGGGAAUUUGCACAAAUGGUGUGUGAUUUGCCCCUUCUGUGUUUUCUUUUCUGACUUGGAGGUAAAGAAAACCCCUCACCCCCCACAGACACUCUGUUUAUUCAACUGGGAGGGUUUUCACACCCAGAGACCCAGCUCCCCCUCCCUGAGCUCCCUAUUCUAAAUCUUUAUCCCUCCUCCCAGGUCCCCCAGCCCUGCUCUGCCCUGAAUAAUUUAUGAGUCCAGACAGGCCUUAUAAAAGGGUCUCCCAGGAAAGGCCAAAAGAAUGCAGGAGGUUCUGAGAAAUGAGAGCCCCUACGGCCUGCCUGGCCUCGACCGCCUAAGGAUGGACCCUUCUGUUCCCGCUGCUGCUGCCCCUGUCCCAGCCCCAGUCCUAGUUCCAGCCCCUGUGCAGCACCCCCAGGCACUCCCUGGCCUAUUAAGUCCAUCGGCCCUUGUUUCCUCUGGACAGCAAGUAGGUGGCAGAGAAAGGCUCUUCUGGCCUAAAUCCCGCUCCUUUGACUACCUGUACCGUGAUGGGGAGAUUUUACUGCAGAACUUCCCUGUCCAGGCAACCAUCAACCUAUAUGAGGACUCAGACAGCGAAGAGGAGGAGGAAGAAGAAGAAAAGGACAAGGAAGAGGAGACCGAGGAAAGGGGGCCAGAAGAGUGUGUGAGGGUACCAAGGUCAGCACCACACACGGCCACAGUUCAUCUUCCUUCCCCUCUCCUGACAUGCCCAAACUGAACUGGUCAGAGUCUGAUUGGGGUUCAGUAUGACUGGCAAGGCUCUAGAACAUCAGUGAGGCAGGAAUCUCCAGAUAUAGCUUUCUGGAUUAUAAAUUGGGCCCUGGAGCGCCCAGCUCACCGUGGCUGUAUUCAAUUGGCCUGUGAGCCCAGGCCUCUGGGAUCUCAUUGUCUGUGUUGCUGUGGUGUUGACAAUGAGAGGGUCCAAGGAGCUCUAGGGGAAGACCUGCUUUCUGAAGCACCUCGGAAGCAGAUCAAGACAGCACCUGCCUAUGCAGAGAGAACCAGUUACUCUUUAGGGGGUCUUUGACUCCCCAGCAUUCCAGCUGGCCCCAGAGUCCUGCCUCCCUUCAGAAAGCCUGACUUCUGGCUUCCCCUGCAGAGACACCAAUAUCAGAUCCAAGCAAAGUGGGGGCACCUCUUUGAGGCGCCUUGCAGGACAGGAAAGGGGCAUCUAGGAAAUCAGCUUGCUUUGGAGAACCUCCAUAUAUUUUGCAUGCUAUCCACUGAGGUCUGUAUGUUGGUGUGAAAUAAAUCA